AUGGCUUUCACCAUUACCGUUGUCUUCCCUAACGAUGCCGAUGCUAAGUACGAUAUUGAAUACUACACAAAGAACCACAUGACGCUUGUUGAGAAGCAUUGGUCCAAGUUCAGCCUCAAGGGUUGGUCCGUCACCAGGUUUGUUCCAGGCCUGGACGGCAGCACCCCCCUGUAUGCAUUUGGCAGUGAGGUCUUUUGGGAAAGCAAAAUGGGCAUGAAGAAUGCAUUUGCGAGCCCCAAAGCUGCAGAAAUUAUGGGCGAUGUUCCUUGCUUCAGCAACAAGUCACCUAUUUUCUUAAUUAGGGAGAUCGUCAAGCCUGCCUUCAAGUUAUGA